CAGACUUUGAUGCCUUGCCCCGAGAUCUUGAAGGUCGUGAUGAUGACGAGCAGCAUCGAGAGCCUGAUGGACCGCCUGACGAUCUUGACAAUAAUGAGAUGCAUGCAGCCGAUCAAGAUCAGCGUGACGAGACACCACCUGCAGCACAUUGGCAUAAUCCAUUGAAAGAUCUUGACCUAGAUCAGUUGGGUCGUGAUGCGAAACGUUUUGAACUUCAGCGAGAUAUGCAAUUUAUUCUCGCGCUGCAUAAUGCUACUCUCGACGACGGUGCUGGACUUAUCGGAGAUGCAUUGGAGCAUUUGCGAAACCCACCACAAGCACAAGCACGGCUAGAUGAUUCUGACAUUGAACAUGGAAUUUCGCUUUUCCUCGCUUUCGAGCAUGCGUCCGAGAGUGCUUUCAGAUUUUAUUAUUCUUAUCUUAUGCGUUGCUCUCAUUGUAAUGCUGACUACAGAACUACGACAUCGAGGCCUCGAAUCUGGUAAGUACUGAUCCUAUUCCUAUUAUACACUUAUUCGUGUGUUCUAUUUAGGUUGCUGGCUGUGUUUGGACCGCGAACACAGUCGAUGUUCUUGCAAAGUUCUCUGGUGGUACGCUGCAUUAGCUAGGUGCUAGGUAUCGUCAGCAGGGGUGGGUAGUAGGACGGAAGAGCUGGUGCGAAUGAGCGGGCGGGUAGCCCAUUUUUAGCUUUUUUUUGUUGCUUUUGUAACUUUCAAAUGCAUUGUUUUCCGUCAA